UCGCGCUAAUUGUUGUGAGAGGCCGAGAGGAGGCGCUGGUGGUGGUGGCUCACGACGGAAGGUUGUUGUCCAUGCUGCUUGCUCCAUAUGUUACUUGACCACUGAAAUUACAUGCUGGAAACGCAAACUGCAACAUGGGAAAGAAGAAGGGAAAUAAAUCCGAGACAAAUGGAGAGCUGGAUGACUUGAUACAAGAUAUUGAAAAUGUCACUCCAAAGGAAGCUGGCAAGAAAGGCAAGAAGGUGAAGAAGAAGGGUGGAGAUUGGGAAGAUGAUGUGCUGAAGGACCUGGAGGACAUGACUCUGGAGGAAGGGGGAGGAGCAAGGCCAGAGGAACCAGAAGAGGCCCCUCCAGAGAAGAAAAAGAAGGAAAAGAAAUCAAAGGCAGCAGCAAAGAAGGAGUCUGAUGAUGAGGAGGAGAUGAUCAGGCCCACCAUGGGAGGAGGCUUUGCUGCGCUGAUGGAUGACAAUGAUGACCUUGGCGACGAUGAUGAGGUGGAGGUGGAGCCGUCAGAGAGUAAGACAAAGAAGGACUCCAAGAAGAAAAAGAAGGAGGAGGCUGCAGAGCCAGUCAAGGCAGCUCCUGAAGAUGACAAGGGAAAGAAGGGCAAAAAGAAGAAAGGAAAGAAGAAAGAUGAUGAUGAAGAGGACCUUGAUAAAAUUCUAGCUGAACUAGAGUCUGAGUAUAAGGGAGAGAAGCCAAAGGAGGAGAUAAAGGAGACCAAAAUGGAAGAUGCUCCAGUGCCAGAACCAGUGGAAGAAGACAGUGGGAAAAAGAAGAAGAAGAAGAGAAAGGAUCAGCCUGAGGAGCCAUCUGCAGAAGUCUCUACUCCACCAGCAGACGAGGCAACAGAGGAGGCAGCUGAUGAUGAAAAGAAGGAUGAUGCAAAAGCAAAGAAAAAAAAGAAGAAGAAGGAAACACCAGAGGCUACACCAAAGGCUGGACCAUCAGAGGCCAAGGAAGGCACAGCUACCCCUCAGGAAGAUGGUGAGGCUGAAGCUGAAGGGGAAGGCGCCAGUAAAAAGAAGAAGAAAAAAAAGAAGGGAGAAAAAGAUGAAGAGGAGGAUCCCAAGGCUAAGAAAGGCAAGCCCAACAAGAAGAUGUUAGCAGCCAUGAAGGAAAUGUUGGCCAAGCAGAAGGAGCAAGAAGAGAAACUCAGAGCUGAGGAAGAGGAACGCCAGAGGAAGGAGGAGGAGAGGUUAAGACAAAUUGAAGAAGAAAAAAGAUUAGAGCAAGAGAAGAAAGAACGUAAGAAACAGAAAGAGAAGGAGAGGAAAGAAAGGCUAAAAGCCGAGGGUAAGCUGCUCACUCCAAAACAGAAGCAGGACAUGCGGCGAGCCCAGGGUCUGCUGGAGUACCUCAAGGCACAGGGAGUCAGUCUGCCAGAAGCUGGGGAGAAGAGACCUCGGCCAGGCACACGUGUCAGGCCAAAGAAGAAGAAAGAGGAGAAGCCGGAGGAGCAAGAAGAGCAACAAGAGCAGCCACAGAAUGAGACUGAAAAGAUGGAAACAGAAGAGUCUAAAGGAGGAGAGGAGGAAGUGGCAGAUUCAUGGGAUCAAAUGGAAGAAGAGGAAGAGGAGGAAGAGGAUGUCAAGGAUGCUUGGGAUGAAACUGAUGAUGAUGAAGAGGAAGAGGAGGAGGAGGAAGAUGAUACAUCGGAGGCUACAAAGGCAUCCUUAGACACAAAGAAGAGUGAAAAGGAUGAUGACAAUGAAGAUGAGGAUGACGAGAGUGAAGAGGAAAGUGACAGUGAAGACUCCGAGGAUGAACGGCAGACGGAAGCAGAGAAACGAAAACAAAGAGCCUUGAUGAGGAUAGCAAAGAGGAAAGAGGAGAGCGAGAAGAAACUCACCCUGGACGAUCUCCGUGCACCUGUGGUGUGUGUGUUGGGGCAUGUUGACCAUGGGAAGACCAAGAUCCUGGACAAGCUGCGGCGAACCAAUGUGCAGGAAGGAGAGGUGGGCGGCAUCACUCAGCAGAUCGGUGCCACCAACGUGCCCACCCACGGCAUCCAGAGGCAGACACACAUGGUCAAAGAUUUUGACAUGGGCAAGCUCAAGUUCCCCGGCCUGCUCAUCAUUGACACGCCUGGCCACGAGUCCUUCAGCAACCUGCGGUCCAGGGGCUCCUCUCUGUGUGACAUUGCCAUCCUGGUGGUGGACAUCACGCAGGGGCUGGAACCUCAGACCAUAGAGUCAAUAAAUCUGUUGAAGAAGAAAAAGACUCCAUUUGUUGUGGCCCUUAACAAGGUGGACAGGGUAUUUGAGUGGGUGUCCAACCCUUCAAAGGACAUAAGGGAAAUAAUCAAGAUGCAGAAGGAGCCGUCUAAGAAUGACUUUGAACGUAGGUGUAAGGAAAUCGUCCAGGGACUCAACAUUCAGGGAUUGAAUGCUGCUUUGUUUUGGGAGAAUCCAGAUGCUAGGCAGUAUGUGUCCCUUGUGCCAACUAGUGCUAUCUCUGGAGAUGGCAUGGGCAACCUCAUAGCUCUUGUGUGUGACAUGUGCCAACAGAGGCUGAGCCGCCGCCUCAUGUUCAACGAGGAGCUGCAGUGCACAGUGUUGGAGGUGAAGACCAUCCAGGGUCAUGGCACCACUAUUGAUGUCAUUCUGAUCAACGGCAGACUUCGGGAGGGAGACACCAUCAUCCUGGCUGGCACUGAGGGGCCCAUUGUCACACAGAUCAGGUCUCUUCUUCUGCCUAAGCCUCUGAAGGAGAUCCGGGUGAAGGGUCAGUAUGAUGAGUUCAAGGAGAUAGCAGCUGCUCAGGGUGUAAAGAUUGCUGCUCGGGACCUGGAGAAAGCUAUUGCUGGGCUCAACCUCCAAGUGGCUUACCAUGAAGAUGAGGUGGAACUGCUGAAGGAGGAGGUGGACAAAGAAUUCAAAGCUGCCAUGCGUUCCAUUAAGGUGAAGGAACGUGGUGUGUAUGUCCAAGCCUCUACCCUGGGAGCCCUGGAAGCCCUGCUGGAGUUCUUUAAGGCCAACAGUGUGCCCUACUCUGGAAUCCGUGUUGGACCAGUUGUCAAGAGGGAUGUGAUGAGGGCAGCAGCCAUGUUGGAACAUGAUCCCAUGUAUGCUGUGAUCUUGGCUUUUGAUGUCAAGGUGGAGAAGGAUGCACAGGAGCUGGCUGACAAGGAGGGUGUAAAAAUCUUCUCAGAGGAAACUAUAUACCAUUUGGGCGACCGUUAUGUGGAAUACAUUAAAGAAUAUAAAAAGAAGAAGCAAGAUGAGUUUAGAAGUGUAGCAGUUUUCCCUUGCAAACUUAAAAUCAUCCCAACUGCCAUCUUCAACAAGCGGGACCCCAUUGUGCUGGGUGUGACGGUGGAUGUCGGCAUCCUGAGGACUGGCACCCCUCUCUGUGUUCCUUCCAAAGAGUUUGUUGAGAUUGGCAUUGUGACAUCGAUGGAAUUUGACCACAAGAAUGUGGAUUUGGCCAAGAAAGGUGUGGAUGUGUGCAUCAAGAUUGAACCGGUCCCUGGCAACACUCCAAAGCUGUUUGGCCGCCACUUUGAAAGUGAGGAUGUGUUGGUGAGCAAGAUAUCACGAGAGUCAAUCAAUGCCUGUAAAGACUAUUUUAGAGAUGAUUUGAGCAAAGGUGACUGGAAACUAAUGGCUGAGCUCAAAAAAGAAUUUCAAAUACUUUAGAAAACAAUUAGGAGAUUAGUGAAGAUCUAGGAUUGCAAUGUUAUAUAAGAUAACAAAUUUGUAUGAUGUGUUUAACUUAUUAUCUCUAGGAGAUAACUCACAAGUGAACACAAAAUAUUAAAUUAAUUAUUUAUCAAGCUGAAGAUGUUGUACAGAACAGAAGCCUAAACUGUCAAGUUUAGGUAAGCAUGUACUGGAAAACAUUCAAUCCCAUUGGCUCUUUGCAUUAUUUGUGGUGCAUAUCACAAUGUUGAGUCAGAAGACUAUCUAAUGGUCUGUGUCAUGCAGCUGUGCAUCAAAACACUCUGAUACAUGAAACAAGCUCUCCAUAACCACACUAAUGAAGUCUGCUGAGCAGCGGCAGGCGGAGCUCGAGUGUCACAGUGUAAUGAUGCUGUGGCGCUGCAGUACUGUGGUACAGUAGUGUCGUUGUGCUGCAGUGCUGUGAUGCUGCUGUGACAUUGUGCUGUGGUGCUACAGUGCUAUUGCACCAUUGUGCUGUGGUGCUGUUGUGCUGUGAUGCUGUUGUGCUGCAGUGCUGUUGUACUGCAGUGCUGCAGUGACGUUGUGCUGUAGUGCCAUUGUGCUGUGGUGUUGCAGUGCUGUUGUGGUGCGGUGCCAUUGUGCUGUGGUGCUGCGAUGCUGCAGUGCCAUAUGCUGUGGUGCUGCAGUACCAUGGUGCCGUGGUAUGGUGGUGCCGCUGUGCAGGGAGCAGUGUCAGUCAUAUUGUGAUACUGAGGGAAAGUCAUCAGUUUUGAGAUGAUGAGGUGAAGGACUAUCUUUAUUUUUAAUAGGUGCAAAUUUUUAGCUUCAUUUUAGGUGAACAUUAAUGUCAAUCAUGGUGUUGUCUUACAUGAACCAGAUGAAUGACACUUUAUACCACUAUGAAGGCCUUAGGUGUCACAUUAUUACACUUCACACAACUUGGUCACUUGAAUCCUAAUUAAAACCACACACACACACACACACACACACACACACACACACACACACACACACACACACACACACACACACACACACACACACACACACACACACACACACACACACACACACACUAUAGUUCUCUUUAUCAACAAAUGAUACUUCCUACUCUAAAAUACCAUUGUUUUAAGCUGGAGGUGAUAUUCACCUUUCUUUUUAUGAAAUUUCCAAUGAAAUUAUUUGAAAGUUUGAAA